AACGUCACAGGUCCGACGGAAGUCUAGAGAGGCGCCCUGACGGCGCCGGCUCGGUACGGCUGGCGGUUGGCCGAUCUAGGCGCUAAGGCCGCCUCUCAGGGGUUUUUUGACACCCAGGCUGACCCGCCUUUCCGCCCCGCCGGGUGCUCAGGCACCCACCGUAUGCCCGCCGAGCCUUCUGCACCCCGCCCCCCACCCAGGGUUCCGGCCCCCGGGGAAAGCUCUGGCCUCGUCCGCCCGCCGGGACCGUAGCCUGGGAAAGCCUUUCUGUUCGGUGGGCAGCGUGGGCACCUCAGGAAUUAGGGAUAGGAACGGGGAUCCAAGGCUCCUGCCUUAUUCUUCCCAAUUAAGCUUUUCCUCCUGAAGUCGUAUAACCCCUUUCACCCUGCGCCAGAUCCAGCCUUCUAGAACCAUGCCUCCGGCAGCUCUGGGUGCCACCUGUUGCACCGGGCGCGCGCCGCUGCACAGGACGGGAUGCCGUUUGGAUUCUCCGUGAAUGUUGGGAGGAGGAAUGCCCGAGCUGCCGAUUGAAAAUGAUCCAAACCAGAAAUAUGUAGGCUGGGGACCCUGAAUCACCCCCAGGAUGGACUUCCUGGUUCUCUUCUUGUUCUACCUGGCUCUGGUGCUGAUGGGUGUUGUUACGAUAUGCAUCUGCUCAAAAACCCAUUACCUGAGAGGCCUGGUCAGAGGAGGAGCCCAGGUAAUUUCCUGUAUAAUUCCAGAAUGCCUUCAGAGAGCUAUGCGAAAAGUGCUUCAUUACCUCUUCCACACACGAAACCACACCUUCAUUAUGCUGCACCUCCUCUUGCAAGGGAUGGUUUAUGCUGAAUACACCUGGGAAGUAUUUGGCUACUGUCAGGAGCUGGGGUUCUCCCUGCAUUACCUUCUCCUGCCCUACCUGCUGCUGGUUAUAAACCUGGUGUUUUUCACGCUCAGCUGCGUAAGCAACCCUGGCACUAUAACAAAGGCUAACGAGUUUUCGUUACUUCAAGUUUAUGAAUUCGAUGAAGUGAUGUUCCCAAAGAAUAUGAAGUGCUUCACUUGCAAUGUGAGGAAACCAGCGCGAUCCAAGCACUGCCGUGUGUGUAACAGGUGUGUGCACCGUUUUGACCAUCACUGUGUUUGGGUGAACAACUGUAUCGGGGCCUGGAACGCCAGGUACUUCCUCAUCUACCUCUUGACGUUGACGGCCUCAGCUGCCACCAUGGCCGUUGUGAGCACCGUGUUUCUGAUCCAGUUGGUGGUGGUGUCGGACUUCUAUCUGGAGACUUACGUUGAUGACCUUGGACACUUGCAGGUUAUUGACAUUGUCUUUCUUAUUCAGUACCUGUUCCUGACCUUGCCAAGGAUCGUCUUCAUGCUGGGUUUUGUUGUGAUGCUGAGCUUCCUCCUGGGGGGCUACCUGUGCUUCACUUUGUACCUGGCUGCCACCAACCAGACCACUAAUGAGUGGUACAGAGGUGACCGGGCCUGGUGCCACCAUUGUCCCCACGUGGCCCGGCCCCCAUCAGCAGAGCCCCAGGUCUACCGGAACAUUCAUUCCCAUGGGCUUUGGAGCAACCUUGGAGAGAUCUUCCUACCUGCUGCUGCACAUUGUGCUGAGAAGAUGAACUAAGAAUGAGAAGUGUUACUGCUGUUUAAAUAUAGUAUACAUUUAUUUGUACGUCUUUAUUUGUACUUUUAA